GUCCAUAGAGUAAACAAGCGAGUAUAAGCCUAUUUACGAAUCUGUUUCAAGUAAAAAUGGUUGAUUUUUAAAAUACUAAUCCAGGCCGAUUAUCAUUACCGCCAACACUGCCCGUUCAACAAAAAUAAAAGUACAAAACAACGUGUGCACUGCACUUUUGAACUGAAAUUAGUUACCGGUUAAGUUGCUGUUAAGGAAACUUGCUUGUUCCCCAGCUUGUAGCUUCAAUGCUUAGGUGUAUAAUUGCCGCUGUAAAUACUCAGCGGUUUAAAAUCGCUCUGGAUGAACGUCUGGUAAAUGCGGAAAUGUACUCUGUAGUGCAUUCUGUCUGCACGUGCACGCGUCUCGAUGCGGCGACGGGAAAGGUGUGAAAUACCAAUCAACAAGUAAAAGGAUGACCAAGAGAGGAGUGCCCCAAGCUGCAACAGGAAAGGCAACCCAGCCCAGGACACUUAGGGCCAGGAAAAGGAAACUUGAGACUGCCCCUCCUGGAGACAAUGAGACACUGCAGUCUGGAGAGCCACAUGGGUCCUCAGUUUGUGUGCCGACAAGCAGUGGAGUAGGAGAGAGCUCAGCGCUGUUGAGCAAGGAUGUGAAAGCAAGCAAUUCCUGCACAGAGGUUCAAUCCACCUCCGGUGAGGCAAAACCUCUGCAGUUGGACUGUACCACUGCACAGAUGGAGAGGGGGGAAGACUGUACCACUGUAAAGAGGGAAGCUCUCAGGUCUGGAGAGACGGGCCGGAGGGAGGAGGGUGCUGAAAUUCAGGAGUACCCCUCUGCCACGCCCUCUCACCCUGCCCUGUGUCCACUUGGUUCUCCGCUGCCAGCGAGUGACGGGAGGGAGGUGGGCAGGAGGCCCGGUGCCACAGAUGGUGUGACGGGCGAGGAUGGAGAGAAGGAAAAGCCAACAGAUGGACCUGGUGACCAUCCAAGUGACCAACCUCAUCUAGGAGAGGGGAAGGCGACCGCACCUGACCCAGAGCCGUUACGGUCAGCGCUGGGGGAUCAGUGUGAGGACGGCCCUGCAAAGAAAAAGGUCCGGAAGAGGAUGGGCGUGCGGGGCUUCGGAGAGCGAGAGAGGCGGACUCACUGUGAGGGACAGCUGGGGAGUAGACACCAGAAAAAUGGAGAGAGUGAGACAGGGAGGGAAAGAGAGCGAAAAGUAGGCCGAGAACAUGAAGAGCCGCAUUCUGACUGUCACGAAGAAGUGGCAUGGAAGAGUCUGGAAAAGCCCACCUCCAGCGUAGCGGCAAAUGGCACCAACCUUGGGACUGCGGAAGGCAUGCCGGACACCGCACUGGGACUGGCUGGCCAGCCAGAAGUGCCCCGCUCAGCCUCUGAUCUCUCUCUCCCAAUUCCACUGGACAGUGUUUUAGAGGAGGAAGAGCCUACCCAACCCGGAAUGGAGGGUUCUGACAAAAUUCCACAGCAGCCAUAUACAGUUGGCAAGACUGUUGCUGGGGAAAACAAGUCCGGCCAUUCUGCGACAUACAGUGAGAAGACGACCGGCGGAGAGGGCACUAGACCCUGUGGCCCAGGAGAGGCCUCUGAGGAGGACGGGCUGGUGGUGUCAGGUGGAGGCAGUAGGGAGUCCCACGUAGAGCUAGGAGGUGCCACUUGUCAGGAGUGGGGAGACGUGAGGAGGUGCACUGGGAGCCCCUGUUCAGUGCAGGCGGAAGACUGUGACCUCAGGGUCACUGCACUUGAGGAGGUGGGACAGAGUCAAGGAAGGUGCGGGACAGGCCGGGUUCAGCAGAGAGGAGCACCGAAAGUCCUGGGGUGCUCCUCCUGUGAGCCAGAGAUCACACUGGGCCCUAACCCUCUGGAGUCCGGGACGCUGCCCGUUCCUUGCGAUGGGGUUGCGCGUGAGCCCUUUGAAGGCAUCCGCCUGUUGGACCCAAGCAGCUUUGUGGCGUCUCAGACCUCAGAUGGAGUGGAAGGGGCGGGGUUCGCUGGUGGAACGGACCUGGCCUCGUGUGGGCCCCAGGGUCCUGGAGAAAAAUCAGGGCCAGUGGCGCCUGUGGGGCAGGGAUCAUCCCAGGGUUGUGCUUCACUUUCCCAAGGAGCACCAGUGACCGAAGACAUCAGGGAGCCUCCAGGGCUGAGGGAGGAGCCACACGGUGACAGGGAGGACGCCAUAGCGACGCACUCGCACGACCCCGCCCGUGUGCUGGAGGAACCACCUGCUCCUGGGCUUACAGGCGCCAGAGCUUCCCCUGAAGAGCGCCGGCACCCCACCGCACACCGUGGGCCUGUGAGCCUGGAGGUGCACCUCAGCCGGGCCAACCACACCGAGGCACAGAGGACCUCUGACCAAGCUUCACAUGGAGCUUCAACCGGGAACCGUGAUCAGCACCAGGACAGUGGAGAAACAGGAAGUGGAAGUGGUCACCCAGGUCCUGUGUGUGCCUCAGUGCUGCCACCUAUAUGUGAGGACAAGCCAUUGCACCGAGACACUGAAUUGGUCAGCAGCUUCAACACUCGGCCUUUCACAGCCCUGAGCCCCAAACCCAGCGGUGACCCGGAUCCUGACCCAGAAGCCCCCACCUCUCCGUCUGACUCCCAGCUCAACAACAUUGCACUGAGCGAGAUGGAGGACAGCCCCACCCCGGACGACGCUGACCAACAGGAAGACGCCUCGGACCUGGUCUGCGGCCUCAUCAAGGAGCUGUCCUUCCUCAAUCGCACAGUGAUGGCUGCACACAGGGAACUGGACAACAUUCGCCGUGGCAACAAGGCUCCUAAAGCAGCUCCGUGGCGUUCUUACGGGUCCCGCCGCAGUGAGAUUUAGCCGCCCUGUCUGCCGGGCUUUGUGGGAGAAACACACACACACACACACACACACAAACACACACGCACACAAACACACACAUACACGCACACAAACACACACAAACACGCACACACACACACACACAAACACACACACACCACACUGCAGGGAUUAUAAGCAGUGCAGUAAUAUAGGUGCUGUGUUUCCCCUGUAAUGACAGACAGUCGGAAGCACUCCACCCGUGCUCUCUGAUUGGCCCACAGCCUCACUCAUGGCAGGGGGUGGGAAACUAGGGGUA